UAGAUAAACAAUUAACUAGAUAGAUGCACUUGUGCAAUCUACUAAAUAAGCUUGAUAAGAGAUAUAUAGUGGGUCGCCUGUUACUUCCUAAUUCUCACACAGUGCGCAUCUUGGUCCCGUUCCCAGAAUCAUCAAUCUAAACUUUGAAAAAAAUUGAUUUUUGAACUUUUUCAACCUAGUGAAAUGAUCAUAACAAAAUCCACAAAACUAUAGAUAAACAGAAAUCCUCCAAACCAUUCGAAACUAUUAUAAUCACCAUGAUGGUCAUUGAUCCUCUCCACUCGACCUGUCAAGAUAAAAGCCCUGUCACCAAUGUAAAACCUGGACUAGAUGUAAACCAAGUUUAAAAAUGAGAAUAAUCAAGGAAGUAUUGUUUAUAUCUAUCAAAAUGUGGAUCCAAGUUGUGUCUAGAUUCCUAAAAUUUGUGUUAGGACCUGCUGAUAAACAUUCAAACUUACAAAAGGAAUCCCCGACCCCUGAAAGAAAGAUAAGAAGAAGAUGCGGCACUCUGCGCAUUAAAGCUAAAUGUGGAGGUCAGCAACCUCAAGGAGGUUUGGAGGAUCGAGGAGAGGAGAUGGAUAAGUUAGCGCCUCUACCAAUCAUACCUGGUAUGCGGCGGAUACGAUCCCUACCCUUGGUUCCCUCUGCACCAGAGCAGAGGAUCGAUCUUCAAGAUAAUUCUUUUAUGCUCAGGGUAAAGCCUGUGAGAAGAUCCUUCUCUUAUCCAUGUGAUCCAAAGGUUCGGCAAAGAAUCCGAGCAAAGCUGGUUGCAAGACAAGUAUCUGCAUGGUCCAGUCAGGAACCUAAACAUGCUGUGAGAAGUAAAAAAGAAGGUUUGUUUAACAAGCCUAAUCUAAGCACUGAUCAAACUAGUGUUGAUGGAUCCCCAAGGCAUCACGUUGAGAACACGGAAGUAACAAGCGCCCCCUUGGGUCACCGCUCUCUCAACCUUUAUCCCCAGCAACAUAUGAUCUCAUGCCUUACCGGCCCGGACACCAGGAGAACUGUAAGGUUCAGCAAUCAGCUGUUUAACACAAAUGAUCUUGUUACCAAGUCCAGCACGAAAUCAGCGCAUGAAAAAGCAAAGACUUUGAUUGACAAAAAUGAUGGGCUUAUCAAUUCCAAGAGUGAAAGAUCAGUGAGAAGACAAAAAUCAGACAGAUUCGGGAAUCGAACUAACAGUUUGAAAUCAUCCUUUUCAACAUCAAAGGAGAAGAGACGAGACUAUUUAAAACAACUUCAAUAUUUGUCUGAUGGGACCAGUCGUGACUCUAGUCCUGACUUAUAAACAAGUAUUUAUUCGUUAUUGGUUAAUUUCUACAAACUUUUAAAAAGUGUUCUGUGAAAUUAAAA